UGGCCAGGGGAUUCAAACAGCAGCUAGAGGAUGUUCAGGUUCAUCCAGAAGCGAAUCCACGACCACCUGGCAGAGCGCAGGAUCCGGCGGAGUCGGCUGGUAGCCAAGGAUGGACGCUGCAACAUUGAGUUCGGCAACAUUGAGUACCACAACCAUUUCGCUUUCCUCAAGGACUUCUGGACGACCUUUGUGGAAAUCCGCUGGCGCUUCAUGAUUUUGCUUUUCAUUGCCUCCUUCACGGGGAGCUGGUUCAUCUUCGGACUGCUGUGGUACUGGAUUGCAAAGAGCAAUGGAGACCUGAUGGGGGCAAACCUCCCAAAGGGGCACAUCCCCUGUGUCGCUAAUAUCAAUGGGCUCACCACUGCAUUUCUCUACUCCCUGGAGACCCAGACCACCAUAGGGUACGGAGGGCGUGCUGUCACUGGACACUGUGCGGGCGCCGUCGCCCUCAUCAUCAUCCAGUCCCUGAUUGGAGCCAUCAUUAACUGCUUCAUGUGCGGGGUCAUCCUGGCUAAGAUCUCUCUGCCCAAGAAGAGGGCCAAGACCAUCACCUUCAGUGAGACAGCCGUCAUCUGCCAGAAGAAGGGAAGUCUGUGUCUGCAGAUCAGGGUGGCCAACAUGCGCAAGACCCUUCUGAUCGGGAGCCAGAUCUACGGCAAGCUGCUGAGGACCACCAUCACCCCCGAGGGAGAGACCAUCAUCAUGGACCAGGUCAACAUCGACUUUGUGGUGGACGCCGGCAAAAACAACCUCUUUUUCAUCUGCCCCCUCACACUUUGCCACAUCAUCGACAAGACCAGCCCUUUCUUCGAGAUGGCUGCGGACACCCUCCACCAGCAGGAGUUUGAGCUGGUGGUCUUCCUGGAUGGCACAGCCGAGUCCACCAGCUCCGCCUGUCAGGUGCGGACCUCCUUCAUCCCCCAGGAGAUCCAGUGGGGAUACAGCUUUCUUCCAAUCAUCUCUCGCACUAAAGGGGGCAAGUACCGCAUUGACUUCUCCAACUUCUCAAAGACCGUGCCAGUGGCUACGCCUCACUGCGCCCUCUGCUUCCACAAUGAGGGCCAUCAUCAUCAACACCACCCCCACAAUGAGAAGAGAGGCAUCGACAACGAGGGCUUUGAGGUGAUUGACAUUGACGAUUCGGCAGAUGUCACCAUGAUGUGA